UAUAGGUUGCUUGUCAUAGGAAGUAGCUAACUCUGCUAUCUCCGCCUGUACUUAGAACGUAGCAUGAGGACAUUAGCCUACAUAAAAAUGAAUGUUUAACCCAUAGACUGUAAAAUUAAGGUUUGACCCAGCGGGGCAGUGUUUGUAUGACGUGUUUACGUCACGUGGUUUAGGUGCGGUUAAUCUGUUUCCGCUGUGAGGAAAGGAUAAAACGCAGCCGGUCCCCUCCUUCUUUAGUCACUUGUUUGGGAAAGCGGAACAGAGUCAACAAAAUGUCUUUCGACCUGUCGUCAGCUUUAGGUCAGGAAGAUGUGGUGAAGAAGGAGGAUGCUCAGAAGGAUGAGUUUAAUUUGCCCUGGCAGAAGAAAAAGGACAAGGACAAGGAAGGUGGCAAGUCUGACAAAGAGCACAAGUCUGACAAAGAGCACAAGUCUGACAAAGAGCACAAGUCUGACAAAGAGCACAAGUCUGACAAAAAGCACAAGUCUGACAAAGAGCAUAAAUCUGAAAAAUCCAAGGACAAAGACGGCAAAGACCACAAGAUGAAGCACAAGAAGAAAAAGGAAAAGAAGGAGGGCAAGAAAUCAGGCUCUUCAUCCUCCAGCAGUGAUGAGGUAGGUGCUGCAGUUAAUAUUAAGAGACAUCUUGCUAAUUUAAUUUUAGAUAUAAAAUAGUUUUACUCUAGUGAACUGGGCUUUGUUGUGUUGCAUCACAAAGUGAUAACAAGCACCCCAUACUCUACUGCUUUGUCUCCAUGGACCCAAAACACAAUUUGUUAUGUUAAUGUUAAUAUUAAGGUCUUACAGUUACAUAAAUAGGCAUACAAGCAUACAAUCUUACAAGGAGUAUCCUAAAAAAAAAAGGGGAACGUGGCAAAAUAAGAUUCUGGGAUGUGCUGCCAUUCUGUGUCACAAUAUCAAAAAUAUAUACUGUCCACUUGACAACGUCUUACCAAAAAUAAUUAUUUUCCAGCACUUUAUGGGGUGUGUCACUGCCCCAGUUCUCAAAUUUAGAUACAAAUCAGCUAAACAGAUAACAUCCCUGUCACACCUCAUGUCAAAGGUUGGUGUGCACCAGACUAGUGGAACAGGUCUGAGCAGCGGUGCAAGUUCUAAUCCGAUGUGACGCACAUCACCCUCCUGUGUUUUCAUUUAUAGCUCCCACUUUUAAGUAAUAACCCUUGCAGCUGUAUUCAGAGGAAACAGAUUCUGAACAUGUUGAUCACAUUUGUAUGAAUAUGUUUUUUCAUGCAAAUGCCUAAGCAAGAGAACCAAGCCCAGGGUGUGGGAGAAGGGGAAACACGUCAGAAAGGGGCGUCAUAAAGGAGCUGUUGUCUAAUCGCCUUCAUGAAAGUGAACACCCUGCAGUCAUACCGGUCAUGGUCCGACUACACCUCAUAACAUCCCUGCAUGAAUGCAAUGAAUGUCAUUUUGGUUUGUUACGUCUCGUGCUGCUGCCACAAUGAUUCAUCCAUUAAAGAUACAGAAGGAGCUGUGGCAUUUAAGAUCUUCUU